UUUUUGUUGUUUUUUUUGUUUUUGUUUUUUUGGACGCUGACUCUUUUUUUACACAUGCAGGGAGAAAUCUGUGGUGACACCUGAUCGACUGGCUUCUCCGCGCACAUUGACCCGGGAGCUUCAGGCGAAUCAAGGGGGGAGAGAGAGAAAGAGAGAGGGAGUGAGAGGGAGGGUGAAAACAGAUACUCGGUCAAUGCUCGGCCUGUGCUGUUGAUUUUGUUCGUGUGCGUGCAGUGUGUGUGUGCUGCUUCAUUCGCGGGGUUUGUUGCCCAGCCAAAGCCAUGGUCCACUGCGCCGGCUGCGAGAGGCCUAUCCUGGACCGCUUUCUGCUCAACGUGCUGGACAGAGCCUGGCACGUCAAAUGCGUGCAGUGCUGCGAGUGCAAGUGCAAUUUGACAGAGAAGUGUUUUUCUCGAGAGGGCAGACUGUACUGCAAAAAUGAUUUCUUUAGGCGUUUCGGCACCAAGUGUGGCGGUUGUUCGCAGGGCAUCUCUCCAAACGACCUGGUCCGGAGAGCCCGGAGCAAAGUGUUUCACCUUAACUGCUUCACCUGCAUGAUGUGCAAUAAGCAGCUCUCCACCGGAGAGGAGCUCUACAUCAUAGACGAGAAUAAAUUCGUUUGCAAAGACGAUUACCUAAACAACGCCAGUGUCAAAGACACCAACCUCCUCUCAGUAACAGCAUGCAGCGACCCCAGCUUAUCGCCGGACUCUCAAGACCAGCUACAGGACGACGUGGUCCUAAAGGACACAGAGAUAGCCGCCCUGUCCGACAAAGAAACGGUUAAUAACGAGAACGACGACCAGAACCUCGGAGGGAAGCGGCGCGGACCCCGGACCACCAUAAAGGCCAAGCAGCUCGAGACGCUGAAGGCGGCGUUCGCUGCCACCCCAAAACCCACCAGACACAUCAGGGAGCAGCUGGCCCAGGAGACCGGCCUCAACAUGAGAGUCAUCCAGGUCUGGUUCCAGAACCGACGUUCCAAAGAGAGGCGCAUGAAGCAGCUAAGCGCGCUGGGCGCCCGGAGGCACGCGUUUUUCCGGAGCCCGAGGCGGAUGAGGACGCUUGUGGACCGGCUGGAGCCCGGGGAGCUGAUCCCCAACGGGCCCUUCUCUUACUAUGGAGAUUAUCAAAGCGAGUACUACGGCCCAGGAGGGAACUAUGAUUUCUUCCCUCAGGGGCCUCCAUCUUCACAGGCCCAGACCCCAGUUGAUCUCCCUUUCGUGCCCUCCUCAGGCCCCACAGGCACCCCCCUUGGAGGUAUGGACCACCCCCUGCCGGGCCACCACCCCUCCAGUGACGUGCAGCGCUUCUCUGAUAUCAUGUCCCACCACCCGGGGGACUCUCCAAGCCCGGAGCCCGGCAUCCCGGGGCCCCUGCACAGCAUCUCCUCUGAGGUGUUCGGCCCUAGUCCGCCCUUUACCUCACUGUCGCUGAACGGCAGCGGAUACAACAACCACCUGUCCCACCCGCCCUCGGAAAUGAACGAGGGCACUGUCUGGUAGCUUUUUGAGAGAGCGGACUUUACUGGCAAGAGAUUUGGUGAUGGAGGGUGGUGAGGUUCGGUGGUGUUGGGGCCUGGGGUCGAGAGCAGGGACAUGGAUAUCGACAGGGUUAGGGCAACGCCAUUGAAUCACAGUUCUUUUUUGGGGUGUUUUCAUAUUUAUUUAUUUAUUUUCCCGUUUGAUUUGGUAAUUUUUGGUGGGAAAACAUAUUUGGCAUAAAAAAUUAUGCUCAAGAACAUUGUCUUCAGUAUUGUAUUUGGGUGUUUCAAUUGCCCCCUUUCCCUCUUCCGUCCUUCUACCCUGCAUCCAAAACUGGACUUAAAAAAAUAACUGGGCAAGACUGCUGAACUGCCCUGCAUUCAUCCCCCUUUCUUUGGGCCCCUGGGGCACCCUGUCACCUCUCCUGUCUCCUGUCAGUGGCCCAGCAUAGCGACCAAACCCCCUAACACUCACCUGUGGGGUAAAAAACAACCCUUUUGAAAUCUCCAAUAGUAUGUCCUGAACACAAAAACAUCAUUAGCUACUGUCAAAGACUUCAAUAGCUUUACAGAGAGAGAAUAAAAGGGCCGAGGGUUGGUUGUGUGCUGACCUGGCACUGUAGGAAGGCUGAGCGGCGUUCAGACUAUGUUCGAGGCACUAGACUUGUCCCUUGUAUUUAUUCAGAAGCUCCUCAGACCUCUUUGCCUCUCAAGGCUCUGCCAUAUUGACACUUAACCUUUUUGACACUGUUUCCGAAGGCCAGAGGAAAUGACAAUUUUUCCUCCGUCUGGACUAUUUGUUUUUCUUUUCUUUUUUUUCUUUCUCUUCUUUUCUUGGUUUCAGAAUUUCCACCAAAUCUGAAGAAGGCCGCCUUCAAAAGGCUAAGAGUAAAAACCCUCUAUGGAUUGCAAACCCUUUAUUUAAAAUGGAAGUGAA